AUGACGAGUGCUUGCGUUUGCGCCUGGGAGAGGAGGGAUCAGUACAAAAUUUGACCGAGUCGUUGUGAUUUUCAAGACAGGUUCCACCGCAUUUUGUGUUUUAUGGAGUGCACACACCUGGGACAAGCCGUGAAAGUCGGUUCGCCGCUUAUCGAGAAGAUACGGCGUGAAAAAGCCACACAGUGGACUUGUUCAAGUACGCUUUGAACUAAGAGGGGCGAUAAGCGACCCUUUCCCCUUAUUUUGGUCUUUUGGUUUUUGUCCACUGCCGGUAUUUUAUUACAUGCGACAAAUCCUGUUUCAUUCUCUCUCAUUUAGCUUGUAGAUCAACGAAAAGUCCGUGGAUCUGUCUACGUUGUGGUGUUAUAAAUUGUGGAAGGUAAUACAUACCGAAAUCAGUGUCACCAUUUCUGUUCGGGGGGUGUUGAGAUGGAGGAAUGCCGCGUUGCUUGGUUCUCAUGUGAAUUUAAAGCGAAUUUUAAGCGAACUAUUUUGUUUAGAAGUGAAUUUCCAAAUUUUGCAUUCCAGGUACGUGAAUGGACAUGCCAAGACACAUUAUGAGGAAAAUCGGCAGCACUCGGUCUGUUUAGAUGCAAGUUUGACAGCCUUUUGGUGAGUCUAUGCUGAUCACUAAAAGCUUUUAGGAUAUUCAUAGCUUCCGUUUACUUUUUGUAUCACAUGUAUCUGGAACAUUUUGUCACUUUUCCACAGCUAUGCUUGUGACGAUUUUGUUAUCAACGAUACCAGAUCAGGGGAUAUCCAGAGAGUACGAGAAAUCAUGCUGGAACGGGAAAAUAGGUGAGAUAACUUGGGACUUCACGGCUGAAAAUUACCGCUGAAAUGAGGCCUUUGCAACCGACAGCUACGUCACUAUUGUUUUGCAUUCCAAUUAUUUUUACCAAUUGUAAGUGUUUAUUGUGAAUGUUAAUUUCCUCCCCAAAAAACUAUUUCUUGUACAGUGGCUUUGUUUGAUGUAAAAACGAGGCAGGUUUGUUUAGAGUGGUUUUGUUUAUUUCUUGCCAUCCGCCAUUUUGUUUUAUUCCCAAGAAUCAUAGCGACGCACGUGUUCUUUUCAUUUCGUCAUGUUUUGAGUGACUGUUCUUUUUUUAGUUAGUUAAUCAUUAGUUUCAGUAAGCCUUUUCAUAAGGAAAAUAGCCUUUGUUUUGAGAAUCAACAAACAUGCAUGGAAUUUAAUUAUCAUUUGCUUCAGAAUCCCAUGAAAAUCUGAGGUCCAGAGGGAUGGGGGGGGCGGUUACAUAGUUGGGUUAAUUUUUGCUGGGUAUGUGCCACUGGCCUCUCAGAACACCUACCCCAUUAUAGGGCUAUACUGUGGCCAAAUAUAGACUCCAUCUUAGCCACGUUUGGGAAGAUGUCAUUUUCGCGAUCCCAACUUGGACACAAUUUUCUGUUUACACGUCUACCUUAAAAAGCCUUUUAAUGACAGUCAAACCUCCCAUAAGCGACCACGGAAAAUGCAGAGGCUUGGUGGUCGCUUACUGGAGGUGGUAGCUUACGAGAGUCGCACUACAAGGGCGAAAUUUUUAAGUCAACCUAGAAUGGAGUUGUAUACUUAUUCUAAAAAAAAUAAUGAAAGUUUACUUCCCCCGUCCAGUAACUGGAACUUUUACUGACAAAAUCGUUAGUUAUUGUAUGUGACAGUUCAUUUACAGAAGUGCACUUUUAAUUAUUAGAUAACGCGUUGUGAUAAAUUUGUGGUUGAAAAAAUUUACUUGACAUGUACAACUUCUUGUACCGCAAUGUCCCUAAAACGUCUGAAGAACAAAAACUUAACUUCUCAGGGCUCAAAGUUUAAAUUUGAGUUUGGGAGCACUUGUGCUACCAGAUGUAAAUUUUUAGGCGCACUGCCGAAAUUUUGGGUGCACAGCUGAAAAUUUUAGGACCACAGCUUAUAAUGUUGGGAGCAUCUAUUUCAAAAGAAAAAGUAAAAAGCAUAUAUUUGCAUGUGUCAGCGGUGUUUAUUACAAAACAGAAGAGUCUGGGAUGGAGUAAAACAUCGAAACGAAAAAGAACAUUCGAGGUCAUAGAAUCCAUUGGGAGAAAAGACCAAUUAAACAUACACCGCCUUUCUAGUUCGAGUUCAUAAGUAUAGUCGGAAGUAAGUCAGUUGCACUGUGCUUUGGGUUUUUACGGCGCACAGGUGUGAUUACACAUGAAUUUUUAGGCGCACAACCAAAAAUCCAGUCACAUAUGCGACCAGUUAGUCGCUAACUUUGAGCCCUGCUUCUUAAACUGAAACCUGAAAAUCUGAGUCCUUUUCUCAAGGGUAAUGGUUAUUAUUGUAGUUAUAGAUCGAACAAAUAAACACAGUAAUAGAUGUAUAGACAAUAACAACAGCCAAAGAAUAAAUUCAUUUUUGUCCAUUUUUACAAUCUACUUUACUUUUUAGUGAGACCAUGUGUCAGGUGGUCGUUUACCGGAGGUUGAAAACAAUAUAAACUUCUGUCCACUGAAAAAGUGGUCACGGUCGCUUGCAGGAGGUGGUUGUUUAUGAGAGGUUACAGUAUAAGGCUUUGACUGAGAACCUUUUGGGUGUUUUGGAAAGGUGGUCGCUUAUGGGAGGUGGUCGCCUUACGGGAGGUGGUCGCACGUGGAGGGUCAACUGUAGGUCAUCCUGAAAUGAAUUGACACAUUGGUUAAACUUAAUUUAGUACAAAUCUUCCCAUUUUUAAAUCCCUACCUAGCAGAAUUUUCUGAUGCCCCAAAUACCAAAUGCUGAAAAUGUGAGAUCCCUUUCAAGUAACUCUAAUGAAAAUGUAACUGUAACCCCAUUAUAGUCAAUCCUGCCAUGAAAAUACAACCCCAUCCAGCAGUGCCUCCCCAUUAACCUACUACUAGGAACACCCCCCAAGAUCUGGAGCAAAAUUGUCUUAAAGGUGUUGCAACCAAUGAAUGAUGAGUGCUGAAUUUUAGAAUUUUUUUAUCGUUAUAAACUAUCCAUACCUUAGAGAUGAUAGCAAUAAGUAAAACCAACUCUAUAUAAAGACAGGGACUUAGCUGAAGUCUUUGUUCAAUAUUGGUCACUAUGGAAAAAAGUGCCAGGGUGAAAAGUGCCCACAUAAACAGGGGGAGCGCCACUCACAACAUUUUGUACAGAGAGGUUUGGCCACAAGGUUCAACCCCUUACCCUUUUACAGGGUUGUCACUAAGAUUUCAAGUUGCCGGGUAAACAGAACAAGUAGGCGGGGAAUCAAACGGCUAGGGAUUUCUUUUGGUUCUAUUUUUGUUCUAUUUUCCAAUAAAAGUAGCCGGGGACCACUCUCUUAGUAGCCGGGGAAAAUCCCUAGCCCCCGGCUCUUAAUGACAACCCUGCUUUUAUGUACCAUUCUGAUGGAAAAGGUAUCCCUUAAGUAUACAUCCCAUUGAAAAAUGGUGCCCCUUUUACAUACCUACUUGCAUACCUAACAGCAGCUGGGUUGUCAAAAGUAGCCGGCUGCCAGUUAGAAUCGGUGGCUACUCUGCUUGGCAUUUCUUUAUAGAUGGCCUUUUUUAAAUAACAUAUCCCUGGACUGGUCGCUUACUUUGACAACUCAGCUGUCUACUUCAAAACUUUCUGACAACCUGGUAACAGUCAGUGUAAAACGCAGACUGUGGACUAUUGUUUCUACCUUGCAAAUGAGAACGUGACAACAAUAGUCCCAUUGUUUUCUAACCCUAAAAACAAUAGUCCACAGUCUGCAUUUUACGCUGCCCCAAUACCCAAUAAAUCGCUAAAAUAAAUAGUUACCUACCUGUAGUAAUCAGAGUAAAUUCAACCAAUUUGGAGAGUUCUUUGGUCUGAAAGAUAGCAGACCUCAUAUAAUAGCUACGUGUAUCUUUAAGCAGACUUUUGGUUCUGCCCCUUCGGUGUCCUUACAGUUCACUCUCAGUUGUACAUCUUUACAUUACUCUGAAUACUCACUAUUACAUAAUAUCUGUCUGUGAAAAUUUUGUUCUUUGUAAAACAGAUGUUGUUUGCAAUUGCAGGAAACGACGUUUACGAGAUACGAGUUCUCCAGAGUCGCAAAAGAAAACUUCAAAAGCAGAUGUGAGUUUGAUAGCAAUAAUUAUUGUGCAUCCGUUUCCUCUUUAUGUAUCAAUCACGUACUUUAGUGCAACUUCUCCAGUCACACAGUCAUAUUUAUUACUUGAAGUGAAAUUGUAACAAUUUAUCCUCAUAUUAUUGUAACAUGGUUUUCAGCAAGAGAAUAUCGGGAGGGUGAAGUAUUUGCCUGGUCUUCGUAACCUUGGAAACACAUGCUUUAUGAAUGCAGUCUUACAGUCUUUGAGGUAAGCUGUGUUGGCAUUUUGUUCUGGAGUGGUCCAAUAUGUACCUGAUUGAAAAAAUGUUGUUGCUUAAAAAGUAUAAAUUAACCAUGAAUGAUGAGGCUUCAAGCAUUUAUUGGUUUAUGUUCAGUAGCAAAGGAAAUUCUAAGGUCUUUCAAACAAAGUUUACAUUGUCACAAGCUGCUUGUGCAAAUACAAAUCCUUAGAGUACUUUGUUUAAGGCUUGUGGUUGUCUUUUUGUCUCCCAAGAAAGCUUUUAAGUGUGUGUCAACUAUAUUGUUGUUUAACUGUGGAGAUCUCUGAUGUGCCUUGCACAGGUUAAGGUGGGAGCAUACCACCAAGAAACUUUUUUUGGAAUGCAUCAUCACGAAAAGUUUCGACAAAGUAAACUUUCCUGGAAAGAACUGUUAAGCGACGUUUUUUGAUUAGGUGUAUAUGUUGUGGUUCAAUUUUAUCCUUGGUUCAAAUUUUCUUUUGUUUUGUUUUUGGGUAUGGUAAUGUAUGAUAAUAACAUGCUAAUGAGUUUGAAACAAAAGAAAAGAAAAUUUGAACCAAGGAUAAAAUUGAACCACAACAUAUACACAGGCUUGUUUUGUGGCUACUACAUUUAACCCAUUCAUACAUGAACUGUACAUAACCACCCAUGUGGAACCACCUCCCUUGUACUCUUGUAUAGUCACAGACAACUUUGCAGAGGGCAUUAGUGAGAUCCUUCAAACCAUAAAUGAAAUAAAAAAAUGAGCACAGUCAUGUAAACCAUGUAAAGUUGACCUGUCCAGAAAAUUCUGAUGAAAAUCCUGUUCCACUACCCAUGGCCACCUUUACUUUGUUAAAAAUAAUCUCGUGAUACUGGGGUAAAAAAAAAUACAGGUGAAGAAAAGAAAAAGAAGCAGGAAUGAGAGAUAGUUAAAGGUGAAAGUCAAGGGGCAGUAACACUUUAAAACCAUAAUAAUCUCAACAUUUUGCCAUGUGUGCAUGCCAAACUUUGGAAGCUGUGAUCAAGGAUCGUAAACAGAAGCCCCCUCUAUACCGCAAUUUUGGUUCCAGUUUGGCUACAUAGUGAGCAGAAAAUGGCACAACUAGCUCCAAACUGUGUGGUGUUUUUCUUUUCUUUGCAAAGGGAGAAUGGACUAAAAUAGACAUUAAAAGAUACUGAUCUCUCUUUUAUGUCUUUGAAAAAUUCAAUUGAAUUGUCUUUCUGACUUCCCAACUUGAGCCAGACAAAAAGCUUGCACUUUCCAUUAUUAAACAUUGUGUUCUUGAUUAACAGUAAUAUCCAGUCAUUUAGCUGCUACUUCAAGGAUCUCCCAGCAUUUGAGCUGCACCCAGAUAAUUCAUGUGGAAAACAGCCAUAUUUCACAAGAAGCAGGAAAACAGACGAAGUGUAAGAAAAAGCUCAUAGCAUUUUCUUUGUCUUCUAUUAAUAUUUAUAUUAAGUCAAAUUACACAAUGAUAGUCAGUUUUUACAGUAAUUUGAAAAAGCUCAUAGCGUCAUUUUCCCCCAAAACGUUUUUUGUUCUUCUAAAACAAUAUUUAUAUUAAGUCAAAUUACACAAUGAUAGUUAUUCUCUAGUAAUAGUUCAUUGCAGUCAUUCUAGCAGGCUGUUGACUGGAUAACAAGGCUGGGUCAACAAUUUUCAUUAUUUUCCCUAUUUUUGGUCAUACCAUGUAAUAACAGAGUAAUGCACCUAUCAAUGUAAACCCCGUGGGGGGGGAGUGCCGGCAAGGGGUGGGGAUUUGACAAAUUUUAAAAUUUUUUGAUCAAAUUCCUCAGGGUUGGAAACGAAAGGUCAAUCAAAAGUGUCAAAAAGCCCCCACCCCAGGGGAAAAAUCUAAACAAACAAUACUAUAAUACUAUAUAAAAUAAAUGAAAGAACAUUUCAAAAGUACGUUCUUACUACUUUUAUUUAAGGUUAACGUAAGCUUCGUUAAAUUACUCGCUCUAAUUAAGUAUUUUCUCUCUCCACUAGCAUCUCUUAUUUUGAACAACAUAAUCACUCCAGGAAGAUUGAGCGUGCUAUUACAUUAAUGAAACGUAAAAUGCUUUAUAACAUCGGCUCAACAUGUCGGAACAGGUCGGAUCAGUGACCUGUAAAAAAUCCUCUGACUUUCAUGGUAGAAUUCGAUUUCAAUAGAACUUGAAGAUAAGAACUUUCUCAAAAUAGACAUUAUCUGUUUAGAUGACAGUGUACAUGUAAAGUAUCGGAUUAUGGCAGUUAAAACAAACGAAAACUUCAUAACUUUCUCCAACAGCGUGACUUUCAGAAAGUCUCGAGGGAUGGACUUGGUUACCGCUUCUGAAUUGAUACCAGGCUUCUAUCGGUCAAAGUCAAAUGUCCCGACCCCGGGGUCGCUUCGCACGAUCAAAAGCCCGACGUGGGGAUAGUCUCAGGCAUCAAAUCCCCUCCCCUUGCCCGCACUCCCCCCCACGGGAUUUACAUUGAUAGGUGCAUAACAGGUACAGGCUGUAGCAACUCUGAUAGAACCAUCUCUCUUUUGUGGUCAGGCAGCUGCAAUCAUAGCAAAAUCAUUUCAAAAUUGUGACAGAUUGCCUUUACAACUCAUUUUCAUAAAAAGUGUUUUGAGGCAAAAGUUGGGGGCGUUUUAAGACUGAUUUCUGAGGCAACCAUGUUUACAUUCGCCGCAGAUCCAUUGUGGAGGAGUUGCGUAAAGUGUUGUGUGCUCUCUGGCAUGGCAGAGGGGUGACCCACUCUCCUGAUGCACUCUUUUCAGUUGUAUGGAAAGUAGUUCCUAGAUUCAGGUAUGUUCAAGCUGCUUGAGCUAUAGGCCUUUAAGUAAUAGCUAUAACAAAAUUUUCUAAUCUAAUUGCCUAUCAGCGUCCCUCAGCAUUAAUAGGACAGUACAAGUCAUGUCUAAGUAGUUUGACAGUACUGCCUCUGCACACUCAGAUGAAUGAUUUUUUUGCUUCUAUGAAAAAACUCUUGGGAUAUCUUGUGUUUUGAUUUUAAAAAUGAAAAAAUUUAAUUGGUAACACAACAUUGAGUCAUCCAAUUGAGUCUACCACUGAUUUUGUUACCUCUGCAUUGGGCAUCCCUGAUGCAUGAAAAUCCCCAAAGAUGCACAAAAGUUUAUGGCAUGCAUCCUGUAGGACACAAAGAUCGAUUGACUGAUCGAUCUGAAGAUGUUUUUGUAGAGUAUGCUGUUUGUGUGAUUUCUGUGGCUGUUUUUGUGGUUGUUGUUUAAUGAGGCAUAUUUUUUUAGGCUUUGUUGUGCUUUACAAAAGAAUAUCUUUUAUCUGUGUGGUCACAUGAAGGCCCAAGCAUUUUCAAUUUAGGACUUUCAAUUGUCUUUUGAACUGGGACUCAUGAUUUGUUCACAAGAUGAGUCCUAGGACUCACUGUAACUAUUUGUAACAAAAUCACUGGUCUAUUUAACAAGUAAAUGCCAUGUUGUCAUGUGUCUGUUCAGUAAUAGAUCACAGAUGGUGUCAAAAAGUGCUUAGAACAAAGAAGUGGCACACAAGCCUCAGUGUGUCACUGAUGUUCUUACCCCCUUUGAUGGCCUAACAAACUCACCUCAUAAUGUUUGACUGUGUGCACUUGCUCAAAGAAGAAAAAUCAUGAAAACAUUUUCAAAACUGCGAGUCUCUUGUAGCGAUGUUGCAUGAUGGCAACUUUUGUGAAGAUUUCGUCCAGUUUAGACAUUUUCAAAUCAUCAAGAAAGCUUUUUGUCUUGGUUCCUGCACUCUUAUUCUUUGUAAAUAGCUCCUGCUAAACUUUUUUUGCAGCCCUCACUCCAAAAUAUUCUAGCAAAGAAUUUCAAAACUGCUUGCCACAUUGAACAAACAGAGAAAACAAGUGUCCCGUGACAUCAUCCUUGUUUUUGUACUCUAACAAAUCAUAGGCAAUGACUAAUCAAAGCACGCGUGAUAGUCACCACAUUAUAUGAAAUCACAUACUGGUGAUCAAACAAAUCGGAUGACCGCAUUUUUGUCAAUACCACUGAAUUGGACUCCACUCAGUCCCAUUACCAAGAUUUAUAAACUUAAGUUGAUUUACUGGUACUGAUUCAUCAAACUGGAGCGGUUUUUAAAUGGUUGUAUCUGUUCAACCUUUUUACUACUAACAGAGGUUAUCAGCAGCAAGAUGCCCAUGAAUUCAUGCACUAUCUCUUGGAUAGAGUACACACAGAACUUCUUCUUUCUCCCAAAUGUUAUGGUUCUACGGAGACCAUUAUAACAGGCAUAUUUGGUGGGAUCCUGCUCAGUGAGGUAUGCAAGGUGUAAAAAUAAUUAUUUAAAUAAAGUCCAGAAUCUGGGAAAUGAAAGGAGGUACAUAUACAAAGACCCUCGCCAAGAUUCAGGUCAGAGGAAUAUUUCGUAUACGAGGUAUCUGAAGAAAUGUUUUACCCAGACUUAUAGAGAUUUGUAUGGAGACACCAUGUUGGUGCUCACCUGGAUGAGCUCCAACAUGGUGGACGAAAACCAACAGAAACAUCUGUUACCAAGUUUUGCUACAAAAGUUUAGAUACUCAUAAACAUUAAAGUAAUACUUUUUCUAAUACAUGAACUGUUUAGAUAGGAAAAUUUCCUGAAGUAAGUCAUUUUUUUAAACCUACAUGACAGCUCUCUUGGCCAUCAUGUAAAUGCCGUGUCACGCAAAGGCUUAGAAAUUCAAGCGUACUCUAUCACUAAACCAAGAACCCUUUUGAAGAGAAAAUUUGUAUGAAAAUUAGUUUUCAGCUGCUCUAAUGCAUCUGGAGAGGUUUAUCUAUUGCAAAGUAUUUAUUUUUUAAAAGGACAUAGUAACGUUUAUUAUUGUGCUUCACUUUUUGCUGGGACCAUAGAUGAGCCUCUUGGUUUCAUUAAUUUAAUUAAUUAACUUUUUCUGGUACAGUUUCCAACGAAGCUGUUAAGAUACAUUUAAGAGCUAGGUUUUUACAUUGUUUAGAUGCGACUAAAUUUUAGUCGCAUCUAAACCCCCCCCCCCCAUGCCUGCAAAUUUACCCUCUGUAGAUGAUGACAUUUUACUGUUUUUUCUUGUCUUUUCCAUGACAUACAUAACUUUUAUUUGAUUCCACACUUUCUGUUAUACUUGACAACAAGUUUCCUUUGACAAGCAAAAACUUAAUCAUCUCAAGUAGGCCUUAAAUCAAGAACUGGAACAAAAUAUUCACCUCAUUCCCUGUUUUCGGUGGCUUCAAACCUCAAAAACGUUUCUGUGUAAUCAAAAAAUUGCUGGAAAAGUAUCAAACACUGAUAGUGCAUGGUGUAUGUUUUUUUUUUGUUCAUUGAUUUGCAUUGCAGGUAAAGUGCUUAGUGUGUGGAACUGAGUCCAAAAAAUAUGACCCAUUUCUAGGUAAGUUGCACAUAAUACAUGCAUCUGAAAUCUUGCUACAAUACCUGUAUAAUUUUGUUUAGCACAAUCUACAGAAUAAUUGAUCUGAUCAACUCAAGAAGUGGAAUUAAAACUUUUUUUAAUUAGGUGAUGGUGUUAUCAGGGCUGUCAUUAUUAAGAGGCAGUGCCGGGGAUUUCCCCUGGUUACUAUAAACAUGGCCCGUGGCUACUUUCAAAGGAAAAUAGAAGAAAAAUAGAACCAAAAGAAACCCCUAGCUGUUUGAUUCCCUGCCUACUUGUCGUAUUUACCUGGCAACUUGAAAUCUUAGUGACAACCCUGGUGUUAUCCACAGAUCUGUCACUGGAGAUUCCUGCAGAAUUCCAGUACAGAAAAUCCAAGUCAAGAGACCCACAGGUGUGCCAACUUCAAGGUAAGUCUUUCAUUACUCAUUUCCCUCCUAGACCAGGUUAUACUGGGAUGAUUUGUCAACCUUUCCGUAUGUCAUUUUGACAUUUGGAUUUUUUUGGGUGGAAGGGGUGAAGUGGGGGAGACAAUUUAACUGACGAUUUGGCCUCUAUCGGGAGAGAAAGGGUUCAUUGUUUUAAUUUUUUAAGGUCUUUAUACCAAUGUUUAGCCUAUUUUUUCAAUUUUCUUUUCCAUUAUUUAAUAGCUUUUUUUCUAGAAACCAAUACAAAACUUGUUGGUACACAUGAAUUAAGCUUAAUUGGAGCUUUGAUUUUGUAUUUCUGUCUGAAAAAUGUUGAGUUUAUUGCGUCAAAUCCUCUUCAUGGAACAGACACAUAUUCAUUGUCAUGUUUAAAAAGGUCAACAAAUGAUAAUAUUAUUGUUAGCUAUAAACUAUUUACAAAGAAAACUAGUUUCUGUUAUGUUAUCCUUGUGACUACUCUUGUUCAAUGAGGACUGAUUUCAAUGUGUGUGGCAAUCAGUACACUGUUCAGAAUUUCGUGUAUGUUGCACACCUCAAAUUUUGAAACAACUUUUGGUUAACAAUAAUUGAGUAUUAUUCAUGUACAUGGGUAAAUUAAUACAGUUAGUGCUAUGUUGUUUAUUGCAGAUUGCCUGGAUCAUUUUGUAUCACUAGAGGAACUAGCAGAAUCUGAACUGUAUAUUUGUCCAAACUGUAAGAAAAGACAAAAGUCUACCAAGAAGUUCUGGCUGAAAAGACUACCAAAUGUGAGAAAACAAAUUUAACUUAAUCUUUUUUCCUAAGCAGUUUGAUGUUUUCCAACAGAUCAGUCAUUAAUUAAGUGAUAUAAGAAUACAGCCAAACAAGAGAUGCUACGAUUAUCAGUUGAGUUGAGUGUCAUACUUAACCGAUAAUCAUGUAGUAAAGAAGAUAUAUAUAAAACUAUAUUUUUAACCAACAUAAGUGAUGUUUUGUUAUUGUUAAUGAUGAUUACCAAAAAAAAAUCUGGUAUAUAAAAAUUAUGGCAAGUGAAAUAAUUGGUGAAACAGCAUUUUGCACUUACAUUACACCAGAACCCCACUAACUGAACAGGAAGAGAUUCUGUUGUUACCAUGUGCUUACUGUGGAUGCCAGACCACAUAUCGCUUGCACAUGCAUUAAUUACUGCCAGAAUGAAUGGUUUCGUGACGACUGUAAAAUUUCAUGAAAUGAUCAUGUCGCGAUCACUGCUUCUGUUUAUUUCUUGUCUUGUUACAUUCAAAUCUGUCCAAAGUGGAAGUUGCCAGGGAAAAAUGCAGUCUUUAGUGACUUGCAAUUUUUCCCAAUAAGGUUGCUCCAUUUUGUCGCAGAAGUACAGUGUAUUACAAAGACGUGUUCCAAAACUCAUUUUUAUGUGUAUAUUUUGAGGCAUGUUUUUCUUUUCUCUAUGUAGGUUUUGUGUCUGCAUCUAAAGCGCUUUAAAUUCCAAGCGUUUCACCGCAGUAAAGUUGAUACAUACGUUGAGUUUCCUGUCCAUGGACUAGACAUGAGUCCUUACUGUAUGCAAAGUCAGGUAAAGAACACUUAAAUGUAUCUUCUCAGUUGAGUUACUAUUCAUCAGAGUACUGUUCACUUUUCUUAUAUAUCUCCUGGGCUCAGUACCUGAAGGCGCAAUUAGUUCUAAUGCAGGAUUAAAAUUUUACUUCCAAGAUUGCCUUUACCUUGCGAAAAAUUGGUUACAGAAUCAGUUAGGUGGUGUUAUAACUCGAUCCCAGAAAAAUGGCUUACAAUAUUUUAUUAGCACCAGUUGCAUGGGAACUUUACUUAAAAUUAGCUUAACUUUGGGUUAAACUUAACCAUCUUUCAAGGAACUGGGUUCAGGACAGUUUGUUUGUUCAUAGUAUAAGUUUUGGCAGACUUUGGAUUAUUUUUGUUUCAUUCCUAUUAUUGAGGACAGAGUGAAAAUUCAAACAAGUUUUCAAGUCCGAUCUUUAUGUCAAAACAAAAAAUUGUGGCCCAAGAGGUUUCAUUGAAUAGUGGCACCAUGAAAUUUCAUCCAUAUUUUCAAAGCUAGAAUUACAAGAUGUUCCUUCUCCAUAAUAUUGACUGUGUAACACAGUUAAGACCAGAAAUGUAUUUGGAAUCUCAUUUUGUGCAGUGGAAGAAUCCUUGGAAUCAGGUGUGAAAUGUGUUUAUGAUAAUUUGUGUGUCCUGAUCUCUGUUGUAACUGGACAGAAAACAGUGAACUUUCCUGAAAUAUUUCCAGUGUUAACAAUCUCCUUCUUUUGACAGUAAUUGGGUAUCGUUUGGUACAGGCUCUGCUGAAGAAUGUCUACCUUUUAUUUUAAUCAUCAGCAUUAUCAUUAUUAUUAUUAUUAUUAGGAUGAGAACCCGAAGGCAUUUCUAUUUGAUCUGGCGGCUGUUGUCGUUCAUCAUGGAAGUGGGUAAGUGUUUUUCAUGUAAAGAUGAGUUUUUUUAUAUAUUUCUUUCUAUUUAUUUACUUUUUUGCUGAUUACCUUGUUGAUUAAUACCUUUGAUUCUUUUUAAGAAUUGGCAAGAAACAUGCUAAUGCUGUAAACAAAACUUAUUCACACCCAUGACUGAGCACGUAAACGGGAAGCUUAGAAAUACCCAGCAAAAGGAAAAUUAAAGGAGGGAGUGACAGAGAUGGAAAGAAGAGAAAAAAAAUAGGCUUUUAUUAUCCUAGCAUUUUUUUUUUCAAGUGUUUUAAUGAGGCAAAAGCAUUAAGCGUUGUUCGAACUGUUUAGUGGCAUUUUCCCGGAUUUUUUUUUCAGACAUGAUAAAAAUGAAAAAAAAAAUCAAGAGAACACUUAAUGAAAACUUUUAUAAAUACAGCCAUUUAGAGAAAAAUCUGCUGCUGUUUUGAAUCUCAUAACUUGUGUACGUUGUUGUUAUUUCCCUUACAGCUAUACAAUUUUGUUAACGUUUAAACGCUGUUAAAAUGUUUUCAGCAGAAGUCAUAAUAAAGCCUCUGUAAGAAAAGCAUGAUCCAAGCAUUUUAGUGAGUUUUUGUGGGACAAGGAGCAUUGAGUGGGAUAAAUGGCACGCUAUCAAUACAAUACAAUGCAAUACAAUGUUCUUUAUUUUGAGAGGGUAGAUACAUGAUUAACCCAGUAAAGAGUUUUCUAACACAUGGCCCUCUGUAAUGGAUAUCGUGGGGAAACAAAGCGAUUAUGUACAAAAGCCUAUUCAAGUGCAUACAAUUUUGCGCUCAGAAAAUUGUAAUUUUUCCACGUGGAAAAUUUUGUUUUUGUUUUUGCUUUUUUUCGCAAGAUAAUGACCAGAAAAGAUCUUGACUAGUUUCAAAGAGUGUUUCUCAGUAAAAUCUCCAGUGUGGAUGGGUUAAUCCUGGAAUAGUUAAGGUUCACUUUAGUAAUAGUAAUAACAAUAAUUGUUUUGAUUUACAGGGUGAGUGCUGGUCACUACACAACAUUUGCUUUUCAUGAUGGUAAGUACAGUCGACUACCGAUAAUUCGAACCUUCAAGUUCGAGUUAUCGAGGGUAAAAUUAUAUGGAAAAUGUUCUAAAGGGAAAUAAAAAUUGCUUCAAGUUAGCGGGAGGUUCGAGUUAUAGAGCGUUCUAGUUACCGGGAGUCGACUGUAACAACACUGUUUAAUCUUCCUAGACAUUUUGUAAGGAAUGAUACAAGCAAUCAGUUUGAAGAUUUUUCUAUUUUUCACGCCUCAAAUGCGGCGCUUAUUUGAGGGCGGCGUUUAUUUGAAAAUGGGACGCGACAAAGAAUUGUAUUAACUGCGACAUUAUUUUUUCCGUAUUGAACUAAUAGAACGAACGUCUUCUGAUUUGAAUUAUAUCGGGGCCAUGGUAGACUGCGAGCAGUCUUCUCCCUUUUUCGUCAGAUUUAGUGCGGGAAGUGCACGCGCGCCGCGAGACGCAAGAAAUGAGAGUGGCAGCCUGCCCGUCUCGUGCCUACAGUCACGCGCGUGUUCAUUUUCAUGUCACUCGCAUCUCGCUCGACGGACUAAGAAAAAAGAGAGACUGCUCAUAGUCUUGGGCUGUGGCGCCUAGUAACUUUUUUUUUCUCUCAAAUGUGGCGCUUAAUCGGGGACGGUGCUUAUUUGAGUUAAUACGGAACUUAUUUCCUUGUUAAUUUUGUUCUCAGGUCUUUGGUACAAUUUCAAUGACAGUUCAGUGACACAGUCAGACGAGGAUCAUGUUAGUCGCAGCAAGGGAUACAUUUUCUUCUACACUCGCCGGCAUCCCAACAUGGCCAUCCUUGACAAGAUUAGAAAAUAAAUUCUCAUUCUCAUAAAAACAGUUACUCAAAAUAAUUUUAAUGAAAUUUAUGAUAUUACUUAUCCUAACCCCUUGAAAGUAGUACAGCUUACUUGGUACUUGAGCGAAAAAUUUAAUUUGAAUGGGAGUUGUUUAAUUUUUAAGAAUGAUGUCAAGAAUUUGACUGGUCAUAAUUUGACUGGCUCUAGUUGUUCAACAUUAGCAGCACGGCCUAUCCAAGAUUUAUGUCAGUCAAGCCUUUACUUUUACACCGCAAAUUUAAAAUGGUAAUUUGAAACCAGUCAGAGGCAAAUGUAUCCAUAUGGGUUAUAUAUAGCAAAGGUUUAGGAAUGUUUAUACACAGACAGCAUGUUUGUAUUCUUGGUUGCAAACUGCAACUUAGGGAAGUGGUCUAAACAAUACUGCAGUCGAUGUCAUGAGGACCCACCUUGACUAGGGAUAGUGGGGCUGUACAGGGCGCAACCUAUCUGAUGAGCCUGAUAGUACACAUGAAGCUUGCCUCCUCAGACAAACUGCACUGGGGCAAUGAAAUGUUAGACUUCAGGCUCCGGUUGUUCAAACGUUGGAUAGCGCUCUCCACCGGGGCCGGGUUGUUCGAAGCUGGGUUAAAAUAACCGAGGGUUAGUGCGAAAUUUGAACUCAAAUAUGAGAGCUUAAAAAGCAAGUUUAGUUUAAUUCUCUUUGCCUACAAUUUGAUGAUUGGAUACCCUAAAAAGAAUAAAGAAAAUUAUCCGAGAAAGUGCUUUUGAUAGCAAGAAAAAGAAACCCGGGUUAAAAUUUAACCUCAGGUUAGUGCUAACCGGCGUUCGAACAACUGGGCCCGGAUAAAUCGCUAUCCCCUGGAUAGCGCUAUCCACCUUUUGAACAACUGGGCCCAAUCUGUUAAUAUCAGGGAGUGGGUUAUGCAAAUGAGAAACCAUCUUUUUAUGGCAGAGAAGGGGGUACCUAUGGACACUACUAGCCUUGCAGUCAGGAGCGGUGUUCCGAGUUUGCACUAUAGUUUUGGCCAUUUCCGUUACUCACAGUUAAAGCCAACACUGAGGAUUAGGAAAUCACAAAAGAAAAGCCGCCCCCCCCCCCCCUUCCAGCGCAAUAUUCAUCUCCAAGAAGGUAAUUGUGUUUUUGAGGGGCUGGCGGCAAAAGAUAACCCAGUAGUUAUUAUUAGGCCAAUUGCUCCCCUGGGAUCUUUGAUUCACAAAAGAUUUUUGCUCGGGUUACGACUUGUUAGAAAAUGUAAUGGGAAAAUGUUCCGUGUUAUACAAUCGCCUCCUGACAGGUGACUCAUCGUACAGGCUGCAGACCAGCGGUGGAAGUUCUCUUGCUCAUCACUCUUUUGGUCAGCCUGCGAGCAGGCUUACUUGUGCGAGUUUGUGGAAAAUUUUGGCGGAGUGACCCGUAAAGCCGGCCAGAAGAAUGGGGAGAGGAAAAGUGCCCUCGCGCUGUCGGCUCCGCCGUUAAAGUUUUCCCCGAACUCGUACAAGAAAGGUUAGGGUUAGUUAGCCUGCUGGUAGGCUAUUUUCUGGUCUGCUUGACUAAAUCCAAAGGAAAUUGCGGGACAACUCCAGGUCUGAAUGCAAAAUUAAUUUGACUGAAAUCUUGGAUUUAGCCUUUAAGUCUAGUUUUCUUUAAUAUUACUGACUGCUGUCUUCGUGCUUUGUCACCUUACUUCGGAUUAUGAGAGAAAAAAUUCCAUUGGGACUGAUGAUAUUCUUUUGUAAAUUUAUUUUUUUUUAUUUUGGUUGUUUAAUAUUUCUAUAAAAGUCUGUUCUCUGAUUGUUUGCCUUGCCUGGACUAAAGUGAACUGCAAGCAUUGUGCAUGUUACAGUUUGAUUGUAAGCAGGUUACAAUUUCAGUGCGUGCACUAUUGAUAGUCCUUACAAAAUGUAGUCAUAUCUGUUGUAUUCUCUUCAAUUAACCUCUUUAUCGUUCUCCUGACAAGUAUUUUAUGCCGAAUAACUAGCUUUAAACUGUUCUUUUAAAGCCCUUAAAGGGAGAUUUGUGUCACGUUGUUAGCUCUAUUGUACAUAGUCAAAUUAAACUUGUAUGGUUGCUGUAAAAAUGGUAGGUAAAACGUGAAGUCGUCAUUGUCUCUGUAAAUAAGAAUAAAAUGC